AUGGUUUGCAAAUCGAUUCGCGAGGUGUUCGAUGCACUUGUUACUAACUUUGGACCCCGUAGAUUCAAGAAGCAAAAGAAUAUCGCUGGACAGGUUGUUUUGAUCACUGGCGCCGGGAAUGGGAUCGGCCGAUUGAUCGCAAAGAAACUUGUCGCUACUGGUUGCAUAUUGGUACUGUGGGAUAUUGACGACAUUGGUAACGAUCAAACGAAGCGACUAUGCGAGGAAUACGGUGGGGAGGCCUACACCUACCAUGUGGACAUGUCCGAUCGACAAGCGAUUUACGCCACUGCGUCGAAGGUGACGUCGGAUGUUGGUGUCGUCAACAUAGUGAUUAAUAACGCCGGGAUACUACGAGACGCUGGUGAUUUUUUGAAAAAAUCCGAUGAGUUCAUUGAGAGAACGAUACGUGUGAAUAUGAUGUCACACAUAUGGAUGGCAAAAGCAUUUCUACCAGCGAUGAUAGAGCAGAAUUGUGGACAUAUCGUGUGCGUUUGUUCGCUUUCAGGAAUUGUCGGUGCAAAAGAUAUUGUUGACUACUCGGCAUCGAAAUUUGGUGCUUUUGGAUUUCAGGAGGCGCUUGAAAAUGAAAUGUACCAUCGCGGUCAUGACAUACACUUCACAACGAUCUGUCCGUCAUAUAUCCAAACCUCAAUGGUUGACGAAAUUCCACUUUCCAGUUCAACGGAUUUCUUAUCACCGACUGUUGUGGCUGACGAGGUCGUAUUUGCGACAUUAACCAAUAAGAGGAUAGUACUACUACCGAAAAUGGUGUACCUUUUAUACGCAGCGAAAGGACUGCUUCCACGGCGAACAUUUCAAAGGCUUCUGUUGCACCUGCAGAAAUGA